AUGCUUCUGUCCCGGGUGAUGCGUGCGACACACCUCAGCGCCUACUCGGCGCCGGGGAAGUUCUCGCACUUCACGAUGCGCCAGCGAUACACGCAGAUGCUGAAGAACAUGACCGAUCCCACCAUUGCCGAUUACUUCUACGAGCAGUUCCUGCGCGCCUGGUUCGCGGAUGGGCCCUCCUACAACUACGCAUUCGUGAGCAUCGCCGCCUUCGGCGCCUGCAUCGGCAUCCUGACGCGGGGGGUGUUCUUCAACCCCGAUAUCAUGUUUCGCAAGCAAGAGCUGCGGAAGCCGCUGCCAGACAGACACAGGCAGUGGACUUACUCCCUGCCGUUCUACAACCACCUGCUCCGCAACACUUCCGCUUGCUACCGGGCCUCGUUCAUUGACAACGAGCCGGACUGGAUUGACAAGCAUCCUCUGGGAUACCGGCCCAACCGCAAGCAGCAUCACAAGCGUGCCAUGUUCUGGAUCCUGAGCAUCCCGCGCUACACCAUGCAGGAUCCGCUCUACACCUCAGUGACCCAUGAGAACAUGAACGCAAUCUACGAGGCCAAGGAGCCGCGGGAGCCGCGGGAGCCGCGGGAGCCGCGGGAGCCGCGGGAGCCGCGCCCGCCGGCGCCCGCCGAGCGGCCCGCCGAGCGGCCCGCCGAGCGGCCGGAGCGGCCGGAGCGGAAGCACCGGGACCGGGACCGGGAGCGGAAGGAGCCCAAGGAGCCCAAGGAGCCGAAGGAGCCCAAGGAGCCCAAGGAGCCCAAGGAGAGGGAGGAGCGAAAGGAGCGGAGGGAAAGGAAGGAGUCCCGGGACACCCGGGAGCCGAAGCGGGACGUGCAGGCACCGCGCGCGCCGCAGGAAGCCGAUAGGCCGAAGCAGCGAAGGCCCCACAAAGAGGCACCAGCUGAAGCCCCUCCCCAGGCAGCACCCCCGGCACCGGCGCCGGUGCCAGCGCCGGCGGCCAACCACAAGGUGAGGCAGCCGCGCCCGGCCGAAGCGCCCCACGUGGAAGACGAGGAGAUCGAGGUGCACGCACCCGUGGCACCACGAAGCAAGCCGCCGGAGGAUGUCGACGACGUUGAGUACGAUGAAGACUUCGAGGAGGCAGACGAAGAGGACGAGUACGUGCCGAAGGCCAUGCUGUCCUCCUCCCCCAGCCCGCCCACCCCGUCGCCGGACUCGACGAUGAACAGGGUCACCUUCCGACCACAGUCUUCGCACUCCUCACGUGCUCCAACGCCGCCGAAGGAUGCGUCGAGUGCAGCGGACAUCAAAAAGGCCCUGCAGAGUGAGAAUGAGAAGAUCUCUAGGAACUUGCCGCUGCCGACCUCGCCGGACAUCAGGAAGCGCGGGCUCAUCGAGUAUGAGUCGACCUUGCCCAAGUUCAACCUGGGCGGAGGUACUGCGACUCCUGUACAGCGGGCAGCGCUCAAAAGGCUGAAAGAUCUACGAGAGCUGAAAGUGACCGGCAGGUUGUCGGUGGAAACAGGCCACCUCUUCCAGCAGAAGCCGCAGCAGGACAUCCAACUCUUUUUGGCCGGGAAGUCCCUGAAGUACUGUAAGCUGAAGACCAGCAGCUGCCAAACAGGCGACGACGACGUGGAGAUGGGCGUGGCCACCGACGAGGUCUGGACCGACGAGAAGGAGAUGCAGUUCCCCACGCUCACGGGAAACGCGGCGAAGUCCACCAGCGCGGAGGCGCAGCUCUUGCCCUUCCUGAGGCGAGUGCUGCCCCUCUUCGAGGCUUCGAUUGUGGAGAUCAACCGCCGCGAGGGGGUGGUGGCACCCCCGCCGCCCGAUGAGGGUCUGGGGCAGACGCUGGUCCGGUGCACUUUGCCAGAGAGCUUCGUCACCAACUUUUUAGGUGCCUGGCCCAGUGUGUCAGACCUCUCGCUGGUACCACAGUGGUAUGGGGCAGACCACGCCCUCGCCAUCUACAGCUGGCCGGAGGUUCUGCGGCCCCCGCCAGACGGGACUGCCAGCCUGAGCAGCUUCUUGCGGCCGGUGAGGUCGCUGGUUGGCCUGCACCCGGUGAUCCAAGGAGGUGCGUCUCUUUCCACGCGGCCGGCGAGAUGCCUGUACUCCUUUUGUCGCCUUAGCUCGCUGGCCGUGGUGAACGGCAGGCCCCACCUCAUUGUGGCCGGCUCUGAGUCGGGGUCGCUGCUGGUCUACGACCUGAGGGCCAGGCCCCGGAGCCCGGCGGAGCUGCAGGGGGACAGCGCAGGUCUUCCUCCAAACCCGGAUCCAGAUAUUGGGCACUUUCAGGGGCCCAUUUGGCUGUCCACGGCCUUCUCCAGUGACAUCUUCGCCGUUGGUGCCAAGGGCGGGCAACUGGAGGAAGAUGACCUCCUGUCUGGCGCCGUUGGCUUUGGCACCGGGGACUCGGAGGGCCACCAGGCUGAGAUCUGCUGCGUGCGAUGCUCGGACAUGGCGGCGGGCGACGCGCUGGUCUUUGCUAUGGAUAUCAGUGGCGUCGUUAGCUUCUGGCGUGUGCUUGAGCUGGCAGAGGUGGGCGUGAAGCUGGCGCUGCAGGGCAGCCUCUGCUUGUCUCAGGGCCCCCGUGUGCUGGCCGACUUCAUGAGCGCCACCUACCUCUGCAUCCAUCCUCAGCAGCAGGGCCAGUUCGUAGCCCUGUCCGCAUCGGGCAUCUGCCAAGCGCAGCGUCAGGGGGCCAUCAAGGGCCCAAAGAAGCUCGACCUGAGGCAGCCCGAGGAGGUGGAGAUGGGCGCGGCUGAGCCAUGCUGUGCUGCCUUCAAUCCCUUUUUCCCGGGGCUGCUCCUAGUGGCGUACGCCGAAGGCGACCUCGCCCUCUUCGACUGCUCCUUGUGCGUGCCGGUGACGCACUGGGCCUCCGCGGGCAAGGUCCCCGGCCUCAGCUCAGUGGCCUGGUCCACACGGAGGCCCUGCGUCUUCUUCGUGAAGUGCGGGGACGCGCUGGAUGUUUGGGACCUCUCGGAGAAGACCCACAUGCCGGUGCAUAGCAUCACCCUUGAAGGCGAGCCGCCGCGGCCGCCCAGCGCGGCAGCCCCCGUGUGCUGCGAGCUCUACGUGGGCGCCGAUGGCCGGCCUGUGGUGGCGCUAGGCAGCUCGCUGCUGGUCUUGGGCCUCCCAGCGCAGCUCACCACGCCUCUGCAGCGCUUGCCAGAGCGGUAUUCCACGGGUGACCAGCCCAUCGACGAGCUCUUGCUGCCCGGCCACGAGAAGGAGCAGGUGUUCCCAACGCUGGCCCGGCACGUGCGAGACGUGGACGUGGCGCCGCUCUGCACACUGGAGCGCGAUGUGCUCAGGCGCAUUGUGGCGGGCAUCAAUCCCAUGCAGGCCUGGGUGUGAGACGUCACUUGACGUCGCUUGACGUCAGUUGGCAUGUUCAUUGCUUCCCUUUGGCACUUUGGUUUUCGGAUGCUUUUUUUAGCCCAAUCGGCUGCCUGUGCGGACAGCUCUUGCCUGUAUAGUGGACCGCACGUCGCUGACCAGCGGCAGUCGGAAAAUGAGACAUUUCGUGGCAUGAAGACCAUGCGUAGUUCGCCGGCGUCGCACUUGGCGCCUCGUUUCACUCCGGGCUCCUCUCUGAGGAUCUCGUGCCCGAAUUCAAUUGAAGCCACUGCUGACGCGGCCAGGGAUCGCUAGGUUUGCACGGAACUGCGCAGUGG